CACCAAAAUCUCACUCCUUCACACCUCAAACCACGAACACAAUCUCCUCCUCCUACUCAGCUGAAAGCUACUCUCUCUCUACAACCAUGGCAGCAACUUCCCAUCACCUUUGCCUUCUUCUCUCUCUGGUCAUCGCGUUUUCGCUUUCCGGCGUCCAGGUGACUAUGGCGGCCCGCAACCUGUUACAAACACAGCCCGCGAUUCCGUCGCUGCCAACGCUACCUCCAACGGCUCUGCCAACCCUGCCCAAACCCGCCGCGCUCCCUCCGAUUCCAACCAUUCCCCAACCCGCCGCGCUUCCUCCAUUGCCGGCCACCACUCUGCCUACACUCCCCACGGCCCCGCGAACCUUGCCACAGCCGGCUGCGUUACCGCCUCUGCCAAGCAUGCCCACACUCCCAAAGGUGACACUUCCCCCACUUCCGGCCAUUCCCAGUAUUCCAACGGUGACCAACCCUUUCGCGCCACCCCCAUCAAAAAAGUAGUUUCGUUUCCCAGCGUGAUUCGACAUUCAUGAGGUGCAGGUGCCUAGCUAUCCAGUGUGUUUGGAGUCUUCAUUUGAUUACACUACGUACCACUCUUAGGAGGGCUUGAUUUGUUUUCUGUGUCAGGGAUCGUUGUUGAAGUUGUUAUGUUUUCUUUUGGUUUUGUAAUUUUGUGAUGUAAUUAGUCCUCUUUGGAUUGUUUGUGAUUGGAUCUUUGUUUCUUUGGCUUGUUUGUCAUUGUUGUCAGUUGCCUAUAUAUAAGUAUGAUUGAGUAGUGUUUCAUUUGGUUA